GAAAGUGCAAAUCGAGACACGUUAUGGGAUGCCCCCGCAGGACCUCGGACACGGCUGCCUGUGAAGUGAUGCUGAACAACAAACUGACAUCAUCAAAAGGCGACUCUCACACCCAGAAGAGACCAAAACAUUCUAGAGGACAUUAAAAAAAAAAAACUCAAACCAGACGGACAGAGUGAGGGGAACACUCACCAGCCACAUAUCGGCGCGUGGAUCUGUUCAUGCACGUGCACCGCAGCAGCAGCAGCAGCAGCAGCAGCAGCAGCAGCAGCAGCAGCCGCCGCCUGCCGCGCGCAUCUGUCCGCCCGUGCAGGAGCAGAGACAGACGGGCCUGGCGAUGAUGACGAUGGCGGACUGCGUUGGCUUCCAGGCGCAGAUCGCCUCGAUCAUCGAGAUCCUGGCCAAUUCGGCCGUGGCGGAGAUCUGCAAGCUGGUGGACGACGGCUACGCCGCGCUGCGCUCCCAGAUGCAGCGCGAGCGCGACAAGAGCCAGCGGGAGAACGACGCGCUGCGGAGGAAGCUGCGGGAGGUCGACGUGAAGAUGCGCAGCCACGAGAGGAAGAUGAGGAGACGGAGUCCACGGGACGAGACGCACGCCGUGCAUUUGAGGCCAUCCGAGGGCACGGUGGUAAUAGAAGAAGGAGCUGACAACCAUCAGCCCGUGGUGCCGCCUCUUCCUGACACUUCUAUAGACAAAGCCCUCCAUCCCAUUUCAAAGGAGGACCCCAUGCUGCUGCCUCUGGUGAAGCAGGAGAAAGAGGAGGGAGUCGACUGCAACCUGGACCUCAAGGUGGAGGUCAACAUCAGGGCCGAGUGUGACCCGUCUACUGCCUGUUCCUGUUCCCCUGUGGAUGUCUGUCCAUCUUCAGCCAUGGAGCCCGAGGAGGAGUCCCCCACGAGUGGUAUUGUUCCUGACACCGGUCUCACCAACAUCUCCUGCACCACCCAGCCCUCCUCCUCGCCCACUGAUUCCACGAUGGACCUGACCUGCAGGCCUCGAGCCAAAAGUAAAGCCACCACACCUCUGGGCGACAGUUGGACAGCCAGUGGUGGGGGGGUCACGACCCACGGGGGCGUGGGCCGUGACCUUGGAGGAGACCUAACAGAUGUUGCUCUGAAGCCAGAGAUCCAGACAGAUGAUGCUACGCAAGAUGGACUCCAUCCCUCCCAGCUGUCAGCCCCUGUAACCCCUGAUGACCCGAGCCCCGACCGCCUCAACAGUCUGGGCCUGGACCUGGCCUGGAUGCAGGAGAGGGUCAGCCAUCUUGGUGCAGCGUAUGCAGUAGCGCAGCUGGGUUUGGGGAACACAGAGAAUGGCCACCCCUCUGCCUCCUUCCCCUCUCAGGGCGGAGACAGUCUGGACGGCCCUCCAGCCAUGCUCUUCCCAGGUGGCACCCAUGAAAUGGCUGCUUUCGCUGCGUCCUUCGACUUGGCCGCCGCCGCCGUGGCCGCGCCCCCUCUGCUGCCUCCUCCACCGCCUCCCCCCGCAGCUCCUUCUGCCACCGCGACCAGCCAGAGGCGGCUCUACAAGAGCGACUUUGCCGUCGCCGUCGCCAAAGAGCCCGCGGCGUGUGCCGUGUGCGGCUGCGUCUUCCCCAGCGCCGCUGCCCUGGAGCUGCACCAACGGGUGCACACAGGGGAGAGGCCCUACACCUGCCCCCACUGUGGUAAGGGCUUUGCCCAGCCCAACAACCUACGGGUCCACCUCCUCAUCCACACGGGGGAGAGGCGCUACCGGUGCACGCUGUGCGGGAAGAGCUUCAUCUCGUCCAGCCACCUGAAGAGGCACCGCACGGUCCACACGCAGGAGAAGCCCUACAGCUGCUCGCGAUGCGGACAGUCCUUCAGCCAAAUGUGUAGCGUUCGCAGACACCGGCAGCAGUCCCAGUGCGGCCUGUAGACGGCGCCUGGAACUGAUCCUCACACAGUUUGGGCUCUGAAGGGUACGAGGGAGUCGCAGAGUCUCAUGUGAGCCAGAACAAAGAAGUGUCCUGUGAUAUCAUGGCAAGUGCAGUUAAUAUGUGUCCUUGAUCGUAGCAGUAAUGUGUGAAUUGUGUUUUUUAGAGGCGAGGAAAAUGAUUUUCACUGAAGCCUUCUCAGUCGUUACUUACUCCUGAGAGAGGGUCACAGAGUGGACUGUGAAAGAGUGCCUGAGACGGUGUUUUUAAACAUCAGUUUGUCCUUUAUGGUUUUUGUUUGUGUUUACAUAGCUAACGCACUUGGGGUCCCAUUUCCCGAUUGUUGUGCCUCCCCGAUUCCUUUCCUCGCCUCCUUGCCUCCACGCCUUAGGAAGAGGAGAGGACGAGACGAGAGAGGAGAGAGGAGGCGACAGACAUUUAUCAAAUGAGACAUCCUGGCCUCGGACCGUCAUUCUAAAGCGACGACAAUGAAAUAUGCUGCAUCAGCUGUUUAGCGACACCACUGUACUUUCUGAUCGCUGUCAGAUGAGCACGAACGGUGUUCAUGACGACUUCUAUAUUUACCGGAAAUUCAGUUCACAAUGUUGCAAAAAUGUGACAAGAAUAUUCGGAUGUCAUACUUUCUUUCUUUUUUUUUUAACCCACACAUUAUAGACUUUAUAUAUAUGUUAUUGUGUGAAGCGCAACAAAUGUUCGUAAGAAAAGCACUAUACAAAUAAAGAGUGACGUAUAUUAUAUAUGACUUAUUGAUAUAUUAUUAUUAUUAUAUACACACAAAC